CUUUUCAUCUAGCCCCUGGUGCUGGAAAAUCAAUUAACACAGACAUAAAAAGCCGAGAGAGUAUUGCAGAUGCAUGUUCACUGUCAGAUUCACUCUCAGAUGUCUUGCAAUGUCGAGCCAAGGGUAGCAUCCCAGAUUACUUUCCAUUUAAUCUGUGUCCUCUAGCAACCACACGAGGAAGAUGCCCUGAUCCUGUUGGUAUUUCAGAUUCUUCUUUCUCUGCCUUUCAAGAAAAGAUGGCACUGCAAAGCUUGGCUGAUAAUGAGAACCAUUUGCCACAAUUUUCACAUCGAGCUAAGAAUGUGCCAAGAUACCAUCCUGACUUCUUACCUAGCUUGUCUCUGGUCACGAGAAAUGAAGUUCUAAAUGACUCAUUGCAAGAUCUCCCCGCAAUGCCAUUGUUGCCAAAUUUGAGACCACCAGAGGAACCAAAGUAUAAUCCCCUGGUAAGAGAGGUGCCUCCCACCUCAGGGAUGGGUCAGGUGCAGUCCUUGUAUUCCUCUUUACCAGAGAAGCAUAAGAAGGUACUAGAUAACAUAAUGACAAGGACAGGAUCUGGAUCAAAUAACUUGUUCAAAAAGAGAUUAAAGAUAGAUGCUUGGUCUGAAGAUGAACUUGAUGCUCUCUGGAUCGGUGUUCGUCAGCAUGGUCGGGGUAACUGGGAUGCCAUGCUCAGAGAUCCAAAGCUUAAGUUCUCCAAAUUCAGAACAUCUGAAGAUUUGUCAGUGAAGUGGGAGGAGGAACAACUCAAGAUCUUUGAUGGAACAUCAUUGGCAUUGUCAAAAGCAGGCAAAGCCUCCAAAAAUCUGUCAUUCACUGGCAUCUCUGAUGGAAUGAUGAUACGAGCAUUGCAUGGAAGUAAGCCUUCUAGUCUUGGGACAGACCAGUGUAUGGCUCCUAAAUUUCGAACUCAUCUGACGGAUAUGCAAUUGGGUUAUGGGGAUCUAACAUCUACCCUGCCACAUGUUGAUCAAUCUGAACAAUUUGGUAUUCCAAAUGACGCUAAUGCAGCUAUCCCAACUUGGAAAUCUGAUAAAUCUUGGCCAAAUUUCAGUGGAGAUUGUCCUGCCGGGCCUUCUGAUAGGCCUGGAACUUUUUCCAACUUUCAUUUGGAGCAUCCGUAUAUGGUCAAUUCUUUUGCAAACAGUAGCUUAAGCUCUCUUGCUUCAAAUUACUCAAGCAGCUUUGAGUUUAAGCAAAAUGAGGAUGAACAGGGAGCAAAUAAAUAUUCCAAAUUGCCAAGCCUUUUGGAUCGAUCACUUUUGUUGAGGGAUUCUCUUAAUAGCAUGCACGGUGGUGAAUCCACUAGUCCCAGGGUGCUGCCUGAUCCUAAUAAGCGGCUUAGUUUUAGCUGUUCUGCUGCCAUGGAUGACAAAGCUGGAACUAGUUCUAUGAUGAGCAAGCUUCCUCAUUGGUUGCGUGAAGCUGUCAGCAUUCCUUCAAGGCCACGAGAACCUGAUCUGCCUCCAACUGUUUCAGCAAUAGCUCAUUCGGUACGCUUACUUUAUGCUGAAGAGAAGAAGACUAUUCCGCCAUUUACUGUCCCAGGUCCACCCCCUUCCCUGCCAAGGGAUCCUAGGAGGAGUCUUAAGAAGGAGAAGCGUAGGUUGCGUAAUGUCAAGAGGAUGACAGCUGACAUUGCUGAAUCCAGCAAGAACUUUCAAAGCAGCAUGCUUGUUGACAAUGUUGCUUCAAGGUCCAUUCCUUUGGGGCCACCAUUGCCAAUGCCUUUGCUGCCACAGUCAAUGCCUGGCAAAUCAGGAUUUGAUGGUCGUCAAUCUGAUCUCAACUUGCUGCCGUCAAAUUUAAAUCUGAUGAAUGUUCCAUCGUCAUCAUUCAGUAAAAAACAACGCAAGAAAAUUGGUACAGAUUUAUCCCCCUCUCCUGAAGUGCUUCACUUGGUAGCAUCUUGUGUGGCACCAGGCCCACAGUUAGCACCAGUUACAGGAAUGGAGAGAUCCACCUUCCUCAGGAGUGAGAUGCCUUUGCCAAAGGUUCCUGAGGAUGUUGGUGAGGGUGGAAUCUCCAAAUUGGAAGGUGCACAUGAAAAUCCAAAGGCAGUGCGGAGCUUGUUAUUCCCUACUUUGGAUCAGGUGCCCAAGGAUAAAACUGACCGAACUGAAAGCGGGGACUCAAGCAAGACUCACUCGGAUCAUUGUAACAUUGAUCGGCGUGAAUUUGAGGAAAUAUCGUCUGAGGAAACUGUGUCAGAUAAACAUGGGAGUGAACACGAACCAUAGCUGUUUUUCCCUCUAUACCUUGUAGAGCAUUUCGGUAAUGAUUAUUCUUUGUAAGAUUUGUUGAGUAGUGUCAAUAGGAUCAAUUAGGAUGACGAUAUCUCCUGUGUAAAGCAUCUGUAAGAAAAAGAAAUAUAAAUAUAUAGUUUUCCAUCUCAUUUUGCAUUUCA